AUGAAAUCCUCCCUGUUCGGCGGCGUUUCCAAGAAACCACGCAGAACGCCGAAAGAUUUAGCCUCGAAAUCCCACCAGUGUUUAGAACGAGUGAUUAACAAGUGCCCUUUGGAAAAAGACCAAGAGUCUCUGGCGAAAUAUUUCCAAGAAACGCGAGCGAUAUUACACGGGGACGGGACGCACGAUCUCGAUCCGAAAAUGAUACAAGAGUUAGUGGAAGAAUGCGUGAAGCAAAGCAUUCCGUGGAUGAUAUCGCAAGGGUUACCGAUGUUGGAAUUUGAAGCGAGGAAAGACGCGGCGGCGACGUACAACGGAUUGGUGAGAGCGAAAGAUUUGGAGACGGGGAGGUAUAAAGUGGCGGAGGAAUUGAGCGAAAGGAACGACGGAGAGGAACUGGAAGGGUUGAUUUUAGGGUACGAGAAGCAAAGUUCCGCGUUAGCGUACGGGGCGAUGUUACGAGAGGUUGUCAGGCACGAGAAGGUUUUAGAGAAGGUGUUGAGGCGAGAGAGUUUCUUGAAGUUUUUUGAGUACAUGCAGUGCGAGAACUUUGAAAUCGCGAGCGACGCGAUGGCGAGUUUUCGAGAGUGUUUAACGAGACAUAAAGAUACCGUGGCGAGAUUCUUAAUCGGAGACGCUUACGAGGGGUUCUUUGAGAAGUUUAACGAUUUGUUGGAACGAGGGAAUUACGUGUGCAAGAGGCAAAGCUUAAAGUUAUUGGGGGAGAUUUUAUUAGAUCGAGCGAGCGGCGAGGUCAUGAUGAAAUACAUCAGCAAAGCCGAGAAUUUAUGCUUGAUGAUGAACUUGUUGAGAGACGAUGCGAAAUCGAUUCAGUACGAGGCGUUUCACGUGUUUAAAGUGUUCGUGGCGAAUCCGAACAGGCUGCCGGCGGUAACGAGCAUUUUGGAAGCGAAUAAGGAAAAGUUGAUGCACUAUUUGAGCAAGUUUCACGAGGAGAGAGAUAAGGACGACGCGCAGUUCGCCGAGGAGAGACAAACGUUGAUUGAUGUUUUGCAAGGCAUUUAA